AUGCAAUCAAACCUCUUCCACCUUCACCUAACCCGCCACCUAUUCGGCGAUCACAUCCUCUUUCAGCGCUUCGCAGGAGACAUGGUCGUGCAGGACCAAAUCCUUCCCUGUGCCACGCUCUCGCUAGUCUACAGCCCUAAGUCCGACACUUAUCGCGUUAUCUUGAUAUCAGACACGCGAGCGGCAAGUGUAUGCUUGCCGCUCGAGCCGCGACACUUAGAAGCCUUGAUAACAGACCCUAGUGCUAGAAGGAAGCUGUUUUCAGGUUAUUUUUUGGUCAAAGAUGGGAAAGGCAGGGAGGUCGUGCGGGCAAGUGUUAGGUUUGAUGAGGUUGUGGGUAGGGAGACGAUUCUGCUGGAAGAAAAGAACGGACAGUUUGGGGAGAGGAAGAAUAUUGUGCUAGAGAGGAAGGGUGGAAUUAUGCAGCUAGGCAAUAUCUUCAUGAAAACGUUUACUGUUGUUGUUGAGGGAAAUUUGUAUUCUUUUGACAGUAUCGGUAAUUCCAGCAGGUUCACGUUAGGCAGCCAUAAUGCAGAUGAGCUUGCUGCGACGUAUUAUAGGCGUUCAUCCAGGUCGGCUUGCAGGUCCAAUCGUGGAUCAUGGGGCACUUCGAAAUUAGAACUAUGUUCUGAACAUGAGAUCUUCAUAUUGGCCAUCAGUUGGGCAGAAUCGAGACCCGAUUCAACGAUCCGCAGCAACACAUUGCGUCCCAAUUCACCUAAACCCGCAGGGGAAAACUGCGGUAUAGUAAGACCUAGACUGGGUAGGAUUCACAAACAACUCGAAAUUAUCUUCAUGAGUGUGGGGGCGGCAGCACGUGUCUUUUACACCGACGUGUUAGGGAAGCACAAAUUCCAUCCCAAUUUUAUUAUCCUGUCCCUCACUCCGGGAUUGCGGGGUCCUUCGCUUCUAAUCCAGCACGCCACCGAUAUGUACUCGCUGUAUGCUGUGGCGGCAUGUCGCUUUGACCCUUUCUAUGAUAUACAUUCUCUUGGUAUGUACCCCAGGCACGACUUCAUUGCAUAUGCGAUUUUUAAACCCAUCUACGUCGGUUUCUCCCACCCACGGUUUAAACUCAUCAGCGGCCAGCGCAGGAGUUCCGACUACGGUAGCACCAGGGCCUUCGAUCUUAGGCCAUUUCAGGAUCCUGGGUGUAAUUUUCGUCAACAUCUCUAUGGCAGACCUGGAAAGAUUAGACCGGGGAAUACAUACCGGAUUGCGUUACUUUCUACAUACCUCAACUCCUCAUCCUCGCCAUAUUGCGCUAAGUCAAUAUCCGUCCACCCUCAGAGCAAAGCCAAAGCGCCGUCAAUAUCCCCAUGCUGUGCGCACCACGGGGCAUAUCAGUGCCAGGAAUUUGACAUCUACCGGACGCCUUCCAAAUCUCUCUUUUGCAAGCUGCCGGACUUCGGCGACAUUCUUUGCUACAGCGGCAUGACUGUGGCCAGCAACGAAUUCCUUCAGCGUGCGGAGCUGCGAACAUUUUUCCUGCUCUGGGGCGAAGCGGUUGACAUAUUUGUGGACCUAGGAUUGCUAGGAUCCGUAUACACGCCUCGCGCUCUGUCUAGUACGACAGCAUCAUCAUACCACGAGGACUUGAAUAAAGUGUAUAUUACCCGCAGAUUCCUCCGCGAUUCCAUAACGCUCGUCGCGUCCUGGUUCUCCGUAUGGCCUAGAGUGCGAGCCGUGGAUUCGAGGUACCCCGUGACAAUAUUCCAGCCCAAGUGCCCUUUUGUCAAGUGCCCGACUGGGGAUAGCCUCCUCGUGGUAUGGCUUGGCUCUCUCUGCGUACAGACUCUAUCACCGCUACCGGCGCAACACUUUCGUGCCUGCGGUACCGUAGUUUCAGCUAUCUCUCCACUACCAUACUCUAUUAUUAUCACCCUAUUCAACCCCCAGUACUUUGACUAG